AACGUAACUCCACCCCCCGGCAUCCAUUUCUGAACGGAGGGACACGGCGCUAGCGAAGAGAAUCCUCGCUUUUAUGUAUAUUUCUUCAUGUAUAUCACUGUAGAUUAUCUUCAGAAAAUUCGCGACAUAAAACUGAAGUAGCCACGAGUCUGUGAAAUCGUAGCAUAUAUUAUCCGUUGAACCCGUUUGGACAGAGGCAAGAGUUGAAGCUCGCCUUUUAUUUCACGUUUAACUUUCCUAAGCGGCGUGUUCAGCCGUUUUUUUAAAUUUUAUUCUUUCUUUGCCCCGCUCACUCUCCCCCCCGGUGUGAGUAGUGGCCUGUAACGUUGAUUUAGCCACGAGGCGGGUCGGAUCAACCGGAAUUGGGCGAUGGCGGAGUUCGGUAACGGACUGGACUCAGGAAUGACGGAGGAAUCCCUACUGGACUCAGACCCAGGGCACCCAGAACUAGAAGACCCGGGUGUUGGCGAUGAGGAGCCGGGAUUAGAGGAAGGAGAAGCUGCAAUUGAGGACCCGGAGCUGGAGGCAAUCAAAGCCCGGGUGCGAGAGAUGGAGGAGGAAGCAGAAAAGCUGAAGGAGUUACAGAACGAGGUGGAGAAACAGAUGAACCUUAGCCCUCCACCAGCCGGUCCCGUCAUCAUGUCCAUCGAGGAGAAAAUGGAAGCCGACGCAAGAUCAAUCUACGUUGGAAACGUGGAUUACGGCGCCACGGCGGAGGAGCUAGAAGCCCACUUCCACGGCUGCGGCUCCGUCAACAGAGUCACCAUCCUGUGCGACAAGUUCACAGGGCAUCCCAAAGGGUUUGCCUAUAUCGAGUUUUCAGACAAGGAGUCUGUGAGGACGGCCAUGGCGUUGGACGAGUCUCUGUUCAGAGGAAGGCAGAUUAAGGUGGGGGUGAAGAGGACGAACAGGCCAGGCAUCAGCACCACAGACCGCGGGUUCCCCCGGGCCCGCUUCCGCUCACGAGGAGGAAACUUUAACUCGUCACGUGCACGUUACUACAGUGGCUACGCACCGCCCAGAGGCAGAGGACGGGCCUUCAGGGGCCGAGGGCGAACAACAUCGUGGUAUUCCCCUUACUAAUACCCCCAACCCCUACUAUCACCCCAUGUCCCCAUACAAAAAAAAAAAAAAAAGAAUGAAAAAAAAAAAAAAAAAGUCCCAGGAAAAAAAAACAAUGAAGAAAAAAAAAAAGAUGAAAACCCCCCCCCAGUAUUCUCCUGGACAGACUGGCCACAGUGUGUGAUUGUGUGUGAGCGUGCGUGUGCGGAGAUGGUGCGGUCACCCUGGUAAUGUAUCUGAUGGCCGUCGGAGAUUUGGUGGCAUUUCUUUUUUGAGAAGAUGUUAUCUCAGGCUGCAGAUUUGUCUCCUUUGUCUGGCUGUGACCCUCACACCCAACACAGCCCCCAAAUGCUUGCUUUCGAAAAAGCAAACAUCGACGAGAAAGGAAUGUCUUUUUUUUUUUUUUUAAUUUAAUUUUUUAAUGUACCGUCCAUGUUAAACUUCUAAGAGCAAAAAUGUUGUUUAUUUUUUUAAGUUGUGGUGUUGGGCGUUUUCAUUUCUUUGUGUCUCUGUUUUCUGAUCAGUUCCAACUCUCACUACUUUUGCUACCAUAUUCUCCCCCUGGUUCCAUCUCACGCUCUCUUGUGUUUAGUAUCUUAACAGCUGUGACUUCUGUUCAGUGGGUCAUUGUGUUUUUUAUAUAUAUAUUUUUUUACAUUGUGUCUAUUGAACCUUUUAGUCUGUAGCUUUCACCCCAGGAAGGCAUGGCCAGAGCUCUGCCAACUUUUCUGUUUAGUUUUUUUUUGAAGGCCUCACUUUUUCCCCCCUCUUCUUGCACCCCUCUGCCUUUCUGUGCUGCUGCUCCUACCAUUUUGUCCUUCACCUCUUCUGCUCUCUUUCUCCUUCUCUCCUCUCUGUGUAUAUUAGACCACUUCUUGUCGUUUCAGGUUUCAGGACCAGUGGAGGCUGACAACCCCUCCAGUGGCCGCGGCGCCCCCCAAUGUCUCGGCAGGGUCUCUCUCUCUCUCUGCUCCUGCUAUGCACACUCACCCCAUCCUGUCUGUGUGGGGGGGAGGGGGUCAGGGCGAUC